AUGAAGCGAGACUCAAACAGAAAUCUGGUUCGAAAGCGAGCUGACGACAGUGAUUCGGACGAUUACAACACAUUUGCCGGUCUGGAGAAGGACUCUGGGCCCGAAGAAAUGAGCUCGUUAUCGUUCGGAGCCAUUCGCAACGCGCAAAAGAAUCUCGAUAAGGAGAACGAAGACGACAGCGACAGUGACAGCGACUCGGGACCCGAAGAAAACUCCGGAGGGUACGAGAGAAGCUCUUACAAGGGCAAUAACAAGGGCAAGGGCAACAACAAGGAAGAUGGAGGACCCAAGAAGAGACUCAAGCAUGCUCCCAGUGAAGCUUCCAGUAAGAAGCGAGUGAGUGUGAUCCGACCUAUCCCUGGUCUGACCAUGACGAAAUCCGGAGCUGACUCUGCUUCACGUGACUCCAAGCUCUACAGAGAUAUCCGUUUUGAUGCCACCUAUGGAAAGGCUAAUGAGGACCGUGUUCGAGAGGACUAUGCAUUUUUGGAUGAGUACCGACGAGAGGAGAUUGCGGAGCUGCAGGCCAAGCUGAAGAAAACGGAGGAAUCGUACAUUCGAUCCCAGAUCCAGACACAGAUCCAGUCGCUGCAGUCGAAACUCAAGACUCUGGAGAAGCGAGACUUCCGAAAGAAGGUGCUGAACGAGCACAGACAGCAGCAGAGAGAGCAGGCCAAGGAUGGAAAGAACCCUUACUAUCUGAAGCGAAGCGACCAGCGAAAGCUGGUGCUGACGGAACAGUUCAAGACUAUGAAGAAGAAGGAUAUCGAUCGAGCCAUCGAGCGACGACGAAAGAAGAUCACUGGAAAGGAGAAGAAGGAUAUGUUCAGUGGGCGGGAUUAA